AUGGACCCUCCAGAGGUGUCUGUGGGAGGUGAGGGGGCUCCUCUGCUUCCUCGGGAAGUGUCCAUGGGAGAUGAGGAGACUCCUCGGUGCGCUAUGGACAUGAUGAGGGAGCUCUUUGGGCCCCUCAGGACACCGCUUCCACACCAUGGUGUGUUUGUUAACUUGCAACAGGUGAAUGGCAUCCACCCAGAAUGCAGAUUUCACCUGGAGAUUCAUAAGGAGGAAACAAGAUGUAUGGAGCUCCUAAAGAAUGCCAAACCAGUGGACUACAGAGGAUGUGUUGGAGUUUGGGAUAACAUCACCUGUUGGCGUCCUGCUAAAAUUGGAGAGACUGUCACUGUCCCGUGUCCAAAAGUAUUUAGCCUUUUCUCUGGCAAACCAGGAAAUAUUAGCAAGAAUUGUACAAGUAAUGGAUGGUCAGAUAUUUUUCCUGACAUCCUAAGUACCUGUGGAUAUAAUGACUAUGAGGAUGACUAUAAGGUCAACUUCUACGUAAGGGUGAAAGCAAUUUAUACCCUUGGACACAGUGUAUCUCUGAUCGCUCUUACAACAGGAAGUAUAAUUCUUUGUCUUUUCAGAAAACUUCAUUGUACUCGGAACUACAUCCAUCUGAACCUGUUCCUCUCUUUCAUUCUAAAAGCAAUCUCUGUUUUAGUCAAGGAUGAUAUUCUCUAUUCCAGCUCCAACACAGCUCACUGUCCAGAGGAUCAAACCUCAUGGGUGGGCUGCAAGGCUAUUUUGGUAUUUUUUCAGUAUGGUGUUAUGGCAAACUUUUACUGGCUCUUAGUUGAAGGACUUUACCUCCACAUCCUCCUUGUGUUAAUAUUCUCCCCCAACAGACAUUUCACAGUCUACCUGCUGAUUGGAUGGGGAAUUCCUACCAUAUUCAUUAUUACAUGGACAGUAACACGGAUUAUAUUAGAGGAUACUGGUUGCUGGGAUACAAAUGAGCACAGUGUUCCCUGGUGGGUUAUACGAAUACCAAUAUUAAUUUCUAUUAUAGUGAAUUUUAUACUUUUCAUUAGUAUUAUAAGAAUCUUACUGCAGAAAUUAAGAUCUCCUGAUGUUGGAGGAAAUGACCAAUCACAGUACAAGAGACUUGCAAAAUCGACGUUGUUGCUUAUUCCAUUAUUUGGAGUUCACUACACAGUAUUUGCUCUAUUUCCUGAUCACAGUUCCAAUAACUAUAAAAUGAUAUUUGAGUUGUGUUUGGGAUCUUUUCAGGGGUUGAUUGUUGCAGUCCUGUAUUGCUUUUUGAACAGUGAAGUGCAAGGGGAGCUGAAGAGGAAGUGGCGCAGCCUGUGCUGGAGGCAGACGGCAGGCAGGGACUACAGACUCCACAGCUCUUCCAUCUCCCGGAACGGGUCGGAAAGCGUCUCCCAGCUCCAUCGGCAUUCAAGAGCUCAGUCUUUUAUGCAGACAGAGACCACCAUGAUAUAAAUCAGCUCGCUCCCCUAAAGGGGGGAAGCAGGAAACUGUGGGGUUUAUCAAUCAUUAUGUGGCUUGAUGUGAUAUUUUCUAAAAUGUACAGUUUAGUGCUUUGCUUUUCUACAUAUCGAUAUUCGGGAAAUUGGUUUGUGCAGCCAACGAGGCAAUAACAGAGACAUCUGCUCCAUGGA